CCUCGAAAAAGUCCCAUGAUGGCUUUAGAAAUCCCAAUUAAUAUGUUAUCAACGAGAGGCCAAAUGUCGCUCAUAAAAUUCAAUCAAAAGCUUCUCGGCGAAAAAUUACGGACAUAAAACUCACACAAACAGAACAACCAUAAACUUUUACAACACAGAAAACAAGAAAGAAACAAAAAAAUACAAAGCUCCUAUCAAGAUUACAGCUUCAAAUGAUGUUCAUUUAGGGAUCUCGAUUUGAUUACAGUGGAGCAAAUUGCAAGUGACGUGCAACAAUUGGAUUGCAUGCUGCGACAUGCCGAGGGACAUGGUCAUUUGUGGCAGAAACAGGCAAUCGUCUUAAAUAAACAGGGUCAACCACAAAGUCUCAAGACUGAUAAGCAGGCUAAGGACAAGUCAUCCCCAUCAAUACGAGGAGAAGGAGAAUCAACAGCAUCUGGAGGAGGAGCUACCACAUCAAUGGACUUAGACGAGAGACCAUCGACAAGUGCGAGUGCGAGUGGGCGAGCAGUUGGCAUAACAGGCACUUCCGGUAUGAAUGCAAAGUCGGCACCGGAAACAGCGACCGUGCCUGCGGCUGGCAACAGCAAUGCGGAGCAGCCACCAACAUCAUCGCCUGCCACACCAUUAACGGGAGCGGCAUUGGGCAAACCCAAUGAUUGGGUUGUUAUUCCUGUGUUUGCGGAUAUUGUUAAAUUGGCAUUGGGCGAAAGGGAGAACUGUUUGCAGCGGUAAGUUGAAUUUGCCUGGAACCCUCCCAAUUUGAUUGAUGUUACAUCAUUACUUAUCCUGACGUUAUACGAUGCCUUUUUUACCGACGAGAAACAAACAAGGGCACGUAAUCGUAUAAGCCCAUU